UGCCGCGGCGACGGCGCGCACGGCCUGUCUCCUUUGCAGCUGUCGCUCGGGGCUAUGCGAGGCUUCGGGCCAGGCCUGGCGGUGCGGCGUCUCCUCCCUCUGCGGUUUCCUCCGCGGCCACCGCAGCCGCCCGGGCCCCGGUUGCUGAGCGGACCGGCGGCGGUGGCGGCGGACGGCGCCUUGCAGCGGGCCAUGGACGAGCUCCUGCACCGCGCGGUGCCGCCGACGCCGGUUUACGAGCUGCGCGAGAAGACGCCGGCGCCCGCCGAGAGCCAGUGCGCCGACUUCGUGAGCUUCUACGGCGGCCUGGCCGAGGUGGGCCAGCGCGCCGAGCUGCUGGGCCGCCUGGCGCAGGGCUUCGGCGUGGACCACGGGCAGGUGGCCGAGCAGAGCGCCGGCGUGCUCCAGCUGCGCCAGCAGCCGCGGGAGGCGGCCGUGCUGCUGCAGGCCGAGGACCGGCUGCGCUUCGCGCUCGUGCCGCGCUACCGCGGCCUCUUCCACCACAUCAGCAAGCUGGACGGCGGCGUGCGCUUCCUGGUGCAGCUGCGGGCCGACCUGCUCGAGGCGCAGGCCCUCAAGCUGGUGGAGGGGCCGCACGUCCGGGAGAUGAAUGGGGUGCUGAAAGGCAUGCUCUCAGAGUGGUUUUCCUCAGGCUUCCUGAACCUAGAGCGGGUCACUUGGCAUUCACCAUGUGAGGUACUCCAGAAGAUCAGCGAGUCUGAGGCUGUGCAUCCUGUGAAAAACUGGAUGGAUAUGAAGCGCCGCGUGGGGCCUUACAGAAGAUGUUACUUCUCUUCUCAUUGCUCCACCCCUGGGGAGCCCCUGGUUGUUUUGCAUGUGGCACUGACCAGUGAUAUCUCCAACAACAUCCAGGCCAUCGUGAAGGAGUGUCCUCCGUCAGAGACAGAGGAGCGGAACAGGAUUGCGGCAGCCAUCUUUUACUCCAUCAGCCUGACCCAGCAGGGACUGCAGGGCGUGGAGCUGGGAACUUUCCUCAUAAAGCGAGUUGUCAAGGAGUUGCAGAGGGAGUUUCCUCACCUGGAGGCGUUUUCCAGCCUGUCACCUAUACCUGGGUUCACCAAGUGGCUUCUGGGGCUUCUGAGCUCACAAACAAAGGAUCAUGGGCGGAAUGAACUGUUCACAGACUUGGAGUGCAAGGACAUCACUGAGGCCACAGGCGGUCCCACUCACGAGACCCUCAAGAUCCUCCUGAGCAGCAGCGAGUGGGUGAAGUCAGAGAAGCUGGUACGCGCACUGCAGGCACCCCUCAUGAGGCUGUGCGCCUGGUACCUGUAUGGCGAGAAGCACCGCGGCUAUGCUCUGAACCCCGUAGCCAACUUCCACCUGCAGAAUGGGGCCGUGCUGUGGCGCAUCAACUGGAUGGCCGACAGCAGCCCCAAAGGCCUUGCCGGCUCAUGCGGCCUCAUGGUCAACUACCGCUACUACCUGGAGGAGACGGGCGCCAACAGCACCACCUACCUGGGCACCAAGAGCAUCAAGGCCUCCGAGCAGGUCCUCAGUCUGGUGGCCCAGUUCCAGAAGAACAGCAAGCUCUAAGCCCUCCCUGCCCAGGCUCAGUCCCCGCUCGGAAGACGGUCAUGUUCUGAGUGGUUGGGGGCUACUUCUCAGAAGGAGCCACUUGAGAAAAACCACAGCUGUGCUGUGUGGCCUGCCCGCAGCAGGGGCACUCUGUGAGGCUGUGCCCCGCUGUCCCUGCACUGGCAAGGCACGUUACCUGAUGGAGAUAGUGGCACAGGUGCAUCCCCUACUACACCUGGCCUCCAGAACCUCUGCUGCUGCCCUCAGGACCGGGACCCCUGCACUUGCAGGAAGCUCCGCAGCUCUGCCACUGGUGCUCAGGGCUGACUUGUGGGCCCCACAAGGACCAGCUGAGAACAGAUCCUCCUUGAGCUAGUAGAACAACUCGCAGUGGUUGCUUUAGCUGUUCCUCUCCAUGCAGUCAAAGGGAUACAGGGCUGGGCUGCAUUCUGUGAGCUUCAGAGCACAGAAGCUCAUAACUGUGAUAAGGUUCUGACUUUGCACAGUACAUAGUAAGUUAAAUCCCCGAACCAGAAGAUGUUGCUGCUUGAGGCCUAUGUUGGGUUAUAAGCUUUAAAUUUUCAGUGAUUCAAGUUCAUAGUGAACUAAAUAGUAAAGAACACGUUUGUUCUAUAAAGCAUUAAACAUGAUUAUUUAAUGGUUAUCUAUAAGAUUUGAGUGCUGGUAAGGCUGGACUCAGCUCUGAAAUGUCAGCUGUGCCAUCAGUCCCCAGCCAACCCUUGGGGUUAGGGAGUAGGUCUUGACAGGGACCAAGGAGUGUGGAAUGAGAAGAGAUGCAGAAAGAAGCCAUCACUGUGCUGGCAGGAAAAAAAGGUUGGGGGGGUUGGUCUGUGUGUGUUGUCUGUGUCAGCACAUCCGUGUGUGUGUAUGUGCCAGUGUGCAUGGGUCUAUGUGUGUCUGUUGUGCAUGUCUGUGUGUGUCUGUGUCAGUAUGUGUGUAGUUCUGUGUGUGUAUCAGUGCAUCUGUGUGCACGCAUUUAGGUGGGCACAGUGUUCUCACUGCUCUCAGUUGGGCACAUAGGCCCCUUGCCUUCCUUGCCCUUCAUCCUCCAGAUCGUCCAGGCUCCUCUGUCAUCUUUCCCUGGGACUUGCUGACUUGUAGCAGACAGCGUGAUAGUGGCCACUAGAAUUUUUGCUUUUUCAGCACCUGGGAGAAGCCGUACCCUGCUCUUUGCCUUGCUCUUGGCUGAUUCUGAGAGCUGUGGGGCUCUGGAGUUAUUGUAGGCUGACUGUCAGCAAUCCCUGCUGCCUGCCAGGCUCCUCCUAAAGACAGAAUUCUUUAUAGCCAGGGUCUCCAGACCUGGUCAUCAGUGAACCCUCCACCAACCAUCUUCUGUAUUUCCCCCUUCACCUCCAGGACUCCAUGGGAAUAUGUGAGCUCUGGAGCCACUGUCAUGUCCCUGACCUGUCCCAUUUUCUCUGGGGGGAGAAGGAAUAAUGACAACGCCCCAUAGGCUGUGCAAGGACAGACAGAUGAACACCAUGGCAUAGAGGAACUUUGAGGUGGUAACUCCAAGUCCCCAAGAGCAGCUCCUGAGAAGGGUUUAGUGUAGCUCUGGCAUUACUCUAGGUAGAGCUGACCUCCCCCUUUAUUGAUUCAUCACCAAGUCAGAGUGCCCUGACCUGGGAGCUGCAGCUUGCAGAAACCCCAGACACAGACUUCCCCCAGCCACUCAGACCCAUUCUGCUUUGGAGGAAGCCGCUGUCCUGUGGUGGUGAGGCCAGCGUCUCAGAGCUUUUGGGCAUCUGAGUAGCAGCAUCCUCAGCAGCUGCUACUUAUGAACUUGGACACACGUGGCAGCAGUGUUCAGCCUUGAAGAUGCCCCAGAAUCCUCCCCUUCCCUGAGGUCCAGCCACUGUCCUAGCAGGAGCAUUGCUGUGUGGGAUCCAGCAGGGCCUGUCACUGCCUCAGUGGCUGAGGAGGCUGGUGCAUCAAUGCCCUAUGUCACAGGCAUGCCCUGAGACCACAACUCCUGAUCCCACACUCCGCAUGCGUCUGUCUCACCUCCUCUUAUAGAAAAGCUUUACAAACACAAGCGUACAGAGAAGCCAUGUUACGAACUUGCUUCCGCAGUCACACCUUCUGUUACCUCUGCCUCAGUUCAGGUCACUUGGAGAAAGAGCCUGUGAUAACCAAGCCAGGGUCACCUCUCAUCACAUGUUACAGGAGAGUCCCUUACUGGCUAUUCUCCUCUUGCUUACCCUAGAGUCCCUAGAAGGUGAUGUCUGGCUGCUGGGUUCCUUGAGGGGUGAGCAGACAACAUGGUCUUAGGAAUGUCAUCCUCACAACAGUCAAAAGCAGCCAAGUCUGACAUCCGCUCCAGAGACCCAAGUUCCAGCACUCAUGUCUGGGCUCUGGGCUCAGGGUGCACUCCAAGUACAUUAGCACCAUGAAACUGAGCUCAGAGGGCUGCAGCUGAUGAGGGCAGUACCGGGACACAGACCCAGGCCCGACCCAUGCACAGCCCUUCUGGCUGGGAGGGAACAGCCAAACAAAGGCCCAGAAAUGAGAAGCUGAGGGGUGGAUGGAUAGCUUCAGCCCACCGCUUACUUUGGCAAGAAGGAUGGAGAAUGAGAUCAGAAAGACAGCCUGGCUGGCCGAGGUCACCAAGGAUGGGUUUGGGGAUGUUGGUAAGGGGGAGGGGGCCCUCAGACGGACAGUCCCAAGCUGUCGUGCCUUCUCUAAAAUCUACACACACACAGCCCUUGCCAUUGGGAUCAGAAGCCUCGGCUAGUUCCAGAGCAAACGGAAUAUCAGCACAGAAAAUUCCAGGAAAGGAAGAACAGCCAAGCCUGACAUCCAAGCCCAUGAAGAGCAGUCAAACACAGGAAGAGCAGGAGCCAGGCCCGCUGCAGGCAGGCCUCGAGCCACACUCACUGGAGGGAGGCAGGCCUGCCCAUUGCUGCUCAUCCAGGCUAGACCGACCUCCCUGGGUUGACUGGACUCUCAUUACCCGGGCUCAGCCUUGGCCACUGUGGCAACAGUGCUCAGUCCUACCAGAAGCAGAGUUCUGGUGGGGAGAGGAGGGGAUUGGCACACAGGAGAAAGAUUUGGUUUGGGUGCCUUUUAGGCAUGUGUGACAAAGUCUAGGGGAGGGACCUUGUUGAGGUCCAUGCCAUAAAUUUCCCUGCAGUGCUGACACGUGGGGACAUGGUAAAAUGUGUGGAGCCACUGAGGAAGUACAGCCACUGCUCCUGCUGCAGGUAGCUGUUCCUGAGGUCACUCGGCCCCUGCCUGCUCAGUUUGCUGGGAGUGAGGGAGACACAGUGGCCUGCGGAACGGCCCCAAGCUCUCCCCCUGGAGCAGGAUUGGGUACCGCUACAGAAGGCCGGCUGCUUGCGCUCCAUCUCCUCCCUGCCUAGGAGGCCACACCACGUGGUUCAUGACACAACUUCUCCUUGCCAGACCUUGACAAGGCCUAAUCCAGACAGUGGUGGCCAGGGCCGGGCCACCACUCUUCCCUACACCUCUACAGAGGCACCCUCCUGGCUGCCCUGGAGGCCCUUGUCCCGUAGCAAGAAGGACCUCUGCCUCUUUGCCUGGACAGACCCUAUCAAGGCAUUGUCACAGCAGAGCUGUAAUCCCUUCAGGCUGAGGUGUCCCGGUUUGGUUAGUCACUCACAUGGUUAUACUAACCCCAGCUGUCCUUUACUGGUGCUGUUCACACUAGGUGUCAUACGACCUGUUUAGACUCCACCAUGGCUUUGUCCCCACUUGAUUGACAAAGGCAGUGAGGUCUGAAGGGCUUGAACCUGGGGUGGUGGCUCUGGAGCCCACAUUCUCAUGCAGCCACUGAGCAGCUAAGACCUGUCAAGGAAAGUUGCCUUUAACACACAGGGGAAUUGAAAAGGCACCCUUCUCUUGUGACCUGCUCCCCACUCCCGAGAACUGGGGCUGCCCAGCUGUGGACACGGGUCUCCGUGCUGUGAAGGCUGACUUCCUGGUCACCCCCUCCUGGGGCUGUCCAGCCAGAAUCUAGCACAGCAGGACUGCCCAAUGUACCCUUAAAGAUAGCUCAGGGACUGCACCCUGCCAGGUGCUCUCCAUCCUCUUCCCCUAGAGGGCGCUGCUGCGGUUCCCCUGACUCUCCAUGAACCAAGGUGCCUAAUGCUAAGGUUUCGUGGGGUUUGUUUUUUGCAGUGAGCCACACUCCCAACACUGAGUUCGUACCUGGCUAAGAACCCAGCCUUACGCCUGAGCUCAGACUGUACGGCUGGCUCCCAUUCUCAGAACGCAGAGCUGGUGGGGGAGGGGGUGGGGCCUGCCCACACCUGUCACCUCCCCUCCUUUCAAAGCUCACCUGGCCCAUCCAGCUCCCAGCCACAGCCUACACCCAGCUCUGCCUUGUUGUCACUCACAGUGGAGCUGGAGGAUGCUCA